AUGACUCGUGAACUUCUGAGGGACCUCAUGAUGUCGCAGGCUGCGAUGAGGAAUGGGCACGGCAGGAACUGCCUCAGCCGGUUGAGGGGAAGAGGAGCUCUCAUUCCUGUCGAGAAGAGGAUCAGAGGAACGAAGUGGAGAGGAAUUCUCAUCCCCAUCAUGAGUAGUGGCAAACGAGCCAAGGGGAGAGGAGUUCUCAUCCCCUUGCGAGCGGAGAGGAGGCUGCAAUGUUGGAGAAAGAGCUAUAGGAUUGUCGCUAUCAGCAACAUCCGAGUCAAUCACAGGAGAAAUAGUGCAGACAGGGGCAGUGGUGUCAUGAACGGAAACUGA